AUCUUGAAUCAUGUUUUCUCCUUGGACGAUAUAGUUCGAACAGACAGUUUGCAUACUAUCAAAUAUACUAUUGCUCGUAGAGCCGCUCAAGAUAUAAUAUUUAGCUGUUGCUAUUAUAGUGAAAUUCCUGAUUCCAAAUUUUUAAUAAUUUAUUUAUUACAAAGAUAUACUACCUUUACACAUUAUUCACCUUUAGGAAUAUAUUUUAUUAACCUCUAUGACUUAUAUAUUGAUACUGACUACCAAGUAGAGGAUUUAAUUAAUCUACCUGAAGAGUUAGAACUACUUAAAACUUUAUAUAUUUCUAAUAGUAGUCUCCAAUUAACCCAAUACUCUGACCCUACUAAUAUUACUUAUUUAGAAGAUAGUUUUUUUAGUAAAGGAUCUAUAUCAUAUCAAUUAUCUAUUAGUACUUCUCUACCAGAGUCUGUAGUUUUAAAUCCUAAUUUUAGUAUAUCCUGUGAAUUAUUUAGUUUUAAAACAGAUCAAAUUCUUGAUCAGAUUGAUAUUGAAGCAAACUCUACUACAGAAAUAGAAAAAUCAACCCAAAUAUUCAUUGCUUUCGAUGUAACAAUAUUGGACAUAUUGUUGCACAAUGUCAACUUGAUAGAGGAAGAAACAACUUUUAUCAAAAUAGAGAUUCCAGACGAAGAUUCAGAUCAGGACCUUGAAAUUAUAGAAGAAAUCCAUCUAGGAGUCAAGAAAGGUACAAAAGAAAUACUCGAGAUUAUAAUUAUUAUGACAGAAGCAGAUCUAGAGAUUAUAAUCACUAUAAUAAAAACAGGUCUAGAAGAUACUCUUUUAAAUAAUACUAGUAUCAGAAGAGCUUUAGCAAAUUAUUUGCAAGGUGACUCCAAUAUUGUAAAUCUGGUGCACUCUAAUAGACCACGAACUAUUCCUGUGAAAUAUCAAACAACUAUUUAUAAUAAACUAUUUACUGCUAUUAUUGAUAGUGAAGCUGCUAUUAGUAUGAUUAUCCAACAAGCUGCCAAAGAAAUUGGAUUGGAAAUAGAUACCCCUUCUAAUAGUUUAAUUUUAUCUGCAUUUAGAAAACAAGUUAGAUCUCUAGGUGUUAUUAAGGAUGUUUCUAUAGAAAUUGCAGGAAUUACUAUUCCUAUCUUCAUGGAAGUUGUAUCAGCAACUACUUACUCUCUUAUUUUGGAAAAUGAUUGGUCUCACAAAGCUAUAGAAAGACAACCUAUAGUCAGUAAAGUGGAUGAUGACUGGAAAGAAGAAUAUAAGGAUAAAGAAUUAAUCUCUCAUGAAGCCUAUAUCUUGGAAGCAGAAUCUAAUAAUAUUGAAGAUUCAGGAUAG